AGAGACAAAAAAUAGUAGUCUGUUUUUCUUUACAAUUAAAGUGACUUUAACAUAAAGAUUACAUUCGUUAAUGGUGAAUUAAUUUAUUUCGUGUAAGAAAAAUUAACUCCCUCGUGGAUAUUAAUGUAACAGUGCUAAAAUCGACAUUAUCAACAUGCAACAAACGCUUUGCGAGUAGAUUUGCGUGGAUUCGUAGACGGCUCACUGUGAAGCUUGUUCGUUGAGGACUUCCAAGGACAAACUUCCUGCACUCCAAGCCAGGCUUCGGAAAAUAAUUAGUUACAUUGUAAACAUGGAUAACGAGCAACCACAUCAAGAACUUGUAAAGUGCGUUUUAGUCGGAGAUACAGCCGUAGGUAAGACACGUUUGAUUUGUGCACGUGCCUGCAACAAGCACGUUUCCCUUUCGCAACUAUUGUCAACACAUGUUCCGACUGUAUGGGCAAUAGAUCAAUAUCGCAUAUAUAAAGAUGUUCUUGAACGGUCAUGGGAGGUGGUCGAUGGGGUUAAUGUAUCUUUGCGCCUAUGGGAUACAUUCGGUGACCACGAAAAGGAUCGCCGUUUUGCUUAUGGAAGAUCGGAUGUAGUGCUGUUAUGUUUCUCCAUUGCAAGUCGAGUUUCAUUACGAAAUUGUAAGACCAUGUGGUAUUCUGAGAUAAGACGUUUUUGCCCAGAUGUUCCUGUUAUACUAGUUGGGUGCAAGAACGACCUACGUUACAUGUACCGCGAUGAGAAUUACUUAUCUUUCUUUGGAGAGAAAGGCACUUUUGUUCGAGCUGCCCUAAAAAGUGAUCUCGUGAUGCCCGACGAAGCACGUGCUGUUGCAAAGGAUCUUGGCGUUGCUUACUACGAAACUAGUGUAUUCACGUAUUUUGGUGUCAACGAGCUGUUUGAAAAUGCCAUACGGUCGGCAUUAAUUGCUCGACGGCAGCAACGCUUCUGGAUGACCAAUCUUAAAAAAGUCCAAAAACCAUUGCUUCAGGCACCAUUCCGACCGCCUAAACCACCACCGCCUGAAGUCAAAGUCGUAGUUGGCAGUUACCACCAAGACAUCUACAACAUGUUUCUCUCACAGUCGUACACCGACCUCAUUCUUGUAGUGGGAAUAACAAAAUUUGCCGUACACAGGUUUAUGCUCGCUACAGCGUCAGGUAUUUUUCAGCGUCUUUUGAGCAUGGACUUUAGUGAUUUGGGAGGUCGCAGCAGCAGCGAAUCGAGCAUGGUGAGUUCUACAUUUGGAGAUUCUACUGUAGCCGAUUUUAAUGAUGACACGGAAUAUCUUAUUCGUAAUGAGUCACGUACCCAGCGUGUGUGGAACCACCUGAAGCGGCGGUCCAGUUACCAAUCGAUACCAUUAAUAGAAUCCAAAAGCUCUAGUGAUCAAUACAAAGAAUUGCAUCAUCAACUUUUACAAAGUAUACGCUUAGUGCAAGUGGAAGGCCAACGCGGUGCUAGUACUCUUCAGACUAUUGUAACCCUGAAGCUCGUUUCUUCUCAAGGAUUGUACCAAUGCCUCAGAUUUAUAUAUACAGGAACAAUUGAUAAGGAAUGCGGCAAUAUGCAAGAAAUAAAGGAAGCCGCCGAGUUCUUAGAGCUCCCGCAAUUAUCUUUAUUACUUUCUAAGCCACAAAGAGCGGAGGGUAAUGGAAGUGGUGAAUCAAAUCCUUAUGUUUGUCAUCACAUCAAAGAAAGUAUGGAGCGACAUUGUAUUGGAAACGACUACUUUAGCGACGUUACUUUUCAGCUGGAUGACGGUCAAAUGAAAGCCCACCGCGCGGUUUUAGUAGCACGAUGUGACGUCAUGCGUGCAAUGCUUUCUGGUGAUUUUCGAGAGGCACAUUGCAAUGUGAUUAUGUUUCCCGGCGUUACAAUCUACACAUUCCAUAAAUUAUUGUGUUAUUUAUACACUGAUCAAAUUCCGCCAAUUUCGGCUGAUCCGAUGAAAUGCCUGAACCUUCUGGAAUUAGCGAACCGCUUAUGUUUGCUGCGUUUAAUCAACUUAGUUGAAUGCCGCGUUAUCGAAGAUCUCACAAUAAUUUCUCAGAAGGAAACUAAUGAGACUGUGGACCAUUGUUUAAAACUACUAGAGCCAGUGAAGCUGCACAAUGCACAUCAAUUAGCGGAAUGGUGCAUGUCCUACUUGUGCGUGAAUUACAACAUAAUUUGUAAGUUUUCACUGAAGGGUCUCAAGGCCCUGCAUCUCGACAACCAAGACUAUUUGCGGGAACAUCGAUGGCCACCUGUUUGGUAUCUUAAAGACUACGACUACUAUCAACGCUGCAUAAAUGAGGAAAAUAAAGAUACGAGGAGCUCCCGAAGAGACUUGUUGAACGAUGAUAAUGAUGGGUGUCUUUGCUUCAAGGGAGUGUUUUCUUUCUUCUUAGGUAAAUCCAGGCGCAUAGAGACCGGAACUGGGGUCUAUGGUGACGGCAGCACCAUUGAAAAUCAAAUCUUUAAUAGCACUGUAAACUCCAUCAAUCAUAUUGACUUGGAAGCUGAGAUUGAUUUAAACCUUUGACACCCAGAGCUUGGCCAUGGGAGGUUUCGCUUUGUUGUGAUUUUGCCUGUAUUAAUUUGUUUCAUCUGUACCAUAUUGAGUAUUUUAAUACUUUUCCAUAUUCGUUCAUAACAAUUCGUGACAAAAAAAGUAAUAUGUUAAAUCGGAAUCGUUUUACCUCAUCAACAAAGUGGCUUGUAUAUAUAAUAUUUCUAGCGGCUCACAAUAUGAUAUUUUGUAUCUCAAAGAUGUCUAUCCAUAGCAUAAGAUACAAAUUCUUAAUAAAAGAUUUUUAUACGUAAA